UUUAGAACAAAAGCACUAUCGAUGCAAAGUGUCUGAAUUUAACACUGUCUGAUUAAUUUGUCAUAUAGAACUUCUAAUCGAAUUAGUCAACAAUACAUUUUCCAGUUAUAAGGCCCAUUUUAUAUUGUUAGUAAAGAAAUCAGACAAUUAUACGAUAGGUAAAAGUAAGAAAUAUUUCGCUACCAUUUCCAUCAAUAAUUUAACAAUAGAUAUUAAAUAUUAAAUUCAAUAAUGUCACAUCAACAAACUGACCAUAAUAAUAAUAAUGACAGUCGUAGUGAAGUAGAUGAACAUGAAGAUCAUGAAGAUCAUGAUUUAUUUACUGAAACCUUGACAAAAAUCCCUAAUUUAAGUGUCGAACAAUUAACAAAUUUAGAAGAAGAACUUAGUCAAGAAUUUAAAUUUGUUAGUAAAAAUUAUAUUACAUCACGACUUUCACGAAUAAAUAAAUUAAUUGAAAGAAUUAAUAGUCUGAUUAAAAUUGCUAAUGCGAACGAUCGUAACUGGCUGCGGAUUUAUAAUUUUGAAGUUGAGACUAUUAAUAAUAUUAAGACAAAUACUGAGGAUUUAAUCCUUAUGAGUAUGAAACAGAUUGAAGAAAAACUGGAUAUACUUAAGUCACUUGAUGAGUAUGAAGAAGAGUUACGAGAAGUUGUAAAGAAUCUUCAAAGUCCCUUGGCAUUUGAUGGAACUUUGGGUGAGAUUAAUAAUAAAGAAGAUAAUGAUGCAAUUAGUAGGCAUACUAAUUCUAAUACUAAUACUACUAGUUCUAAUAAUAAUGGGAAUGGUAAUGGUAAUGGUAAUGAUAAUGGUGAACAUGAUCCAAGUCACCAUGAUCAUUCUAAAUUACCAUUUCCAUACUUAUUCGAUAAAUUCUUUAAACCACAUAAGAGUGGUUUAAAGACAAUAGUUAAUGAAAAUGAAUAUCAAUCCAAAUUACUUCGAGAUAAUUCUCUUGGAAAUUCCACUAUAAUUUGGAAGAGAUAUUAUUAUGAAUUAAUGCAACGUAAACAAGCAAUGAUAUUAAAGACUUAUGAUGAAUUAAAUCAAUUAUAUAAUGAUUAUCAUAAUGUUAAUUAUAAUGAAAAGACUUCUCGACAAUGGAAACAUUAUUAUAGAACAGUAUUAAAUCUUAGUGAUACUAAAUCAGCAGUUGAAGAUUCCUUUACAAUUAGACAAAAUGCUACAAUAAAUGAAUUUAAUCAUAAACCAAUUCCUGCAUCAGUAAUUGAUACUACAAAUACUAGUAAUGUUAAAGAUCUAAUUCAAAGUAAUAAGGAUACUAAUUAUAUUAAUCUUGAUAGUCAAUAUCUUCAAAAGAAUAAGUAUGAAUUGACUCAUCUUAAACGAGGUAUUAUACAAGCAGCAGUAGAUUUUGAAAAUUCUCAAAAUUCUCAUCAAUUAGAGAGUCAAAUAGAAUUACAUCACCCUCGAAAGAAAGUUAAGUUGAAUGAAUUCUCCGGAUUGACCAAUAGUGAGAUUGAUCUGGAUUUACAAUUAUUAAGAAAGGAAAUCAAUAAAGCAAAUAAAGGUGAAGGUGAAUCCGAGGUUGAAGAUAUUGCAAUCACACAAGGAGAAGUAGUUGAUAAAUCUAUUGGUGAUGAAGAUCAACAAAAUGAUAGUGAAGCUUCAGAUAAUGAUAAUGAUAAAGAUAAAUAUGAAGGAGAAGGAGAAGGAGAAGGAGAAGAGGAUGAAAGUGAUGAAGAUAGUGAAGAAAAUCAUGAACCCGAAGUUAAAGUAGAAGAAACUGAAGAAGAGAUAUUACUUAAACAAAAAUACAAACAACUUUUAGGUAUACGGUCUACACUGGUAGGUUCAUCGUUUAGAAUACCUUUAUUACCUCCUAUAGAUAAAUUUCCUACCAUCUCACCUUGAGAAUGUUAGUUCAAGUCUAUAUAUAUUUAGCAAUACUAAUACUAAUACUAAUACUAAUACUAAUACUAAUACUAAUACUAAUACUAAUACUAAUACUAAUACUAAUACUAAUACUAAUACUAAUACUAAUACUAAUACUAAUACUAAUACUAAUACUAAUACUAAUACUAAUACUAAUACUAAUAC